AUGGCCGCCUCCGUCCCGCGAGGUCUCAAGCAGAUCCUCCAAAAGUCCCCUUCAGACAUCGUCAUCCUUUCGUCCCUCCGUACCGCAGUGACCCGCGCCAAAAAGGGCGGAUUCAAAGAUGCCUAUCCCGAAGAGCUCCUGUCCCACGUCCUCCGCGCCACGCUAGCCGCGAACCCGAACUUGGAUCCCGCGCUCAUCGAGGACGUGUGCAUCGGCAGCGUGUUGCAGGAACUUGGCGGUGCAAAGGCAGGCCGUAUGGCUCAGAUCCACGCCGGUUUCCCGCACACCGUGCCCUUCCACACGAUCAACCGGCAGUGCAGUUCGGGCCUCGCUGCGAUAUCGACGAUUGCGCAUUCUAUCUCUGUGGGAGCGAUCUCGGUUGGUGUUGGUGGUGGGAUGGAGUCCAUGACGAGGAACUAUGGUUCAAGGGCGAUUCCCACGGUUUUGUGGCCUGAGCUGAAGGACUCCGAGUCAAAGGAUGCGAGGGACUGCAUUAUGCCCAUGGGACUUACGUCGGAGAAUGUUGCGGCUAGAUAUGGAAUAAACAGGCAUGACCAAGAUGCGUUUUCGGCUAAUUCUCAUCAGAAAGCUGCUGCCGCUCAGAAGAAUGGAUUGUUCGACAAGGAGAUUGUGCCCGUUACCACAAGAACUCUUCCGGCGGAUAAUCCUGAGGGUCCAGCGGUUGAGGUUACUGUCACAAGGGACGAUGGUAUUCGGCCUACGGUGUCAUUGGAAAAACUGGCUACUCUGAAACCUGCGUUCUCUGAAACGGGAUCUUCCACCGCCGGGAAUAGCUCGCAGGUUAGCGAUGGUGCUGCUGCUACGCUGCUCAUGCGCCGCUCUACAGCAACAGAGCUCGGUUUGACCUCUAGUAUUAUUGGGAAAUGGGUUUCCACGCAGGUCGCCGGAUGCGCACCGGACGAGAUGGGAAUUGGCCCGGCCGUGGCUAUUCCCAAGCUUCUCCAGCACACUGGGCUUGAGGUGUCCGACGUCGGUAUUUGGGAAAUAAACGAGGCAUUUGCCAGCCAGGCUCUGUACUGCGUGCGCAAAUUGGGCAUCAGUGAGGAUAAAGUCAAUCCCAAGGGCGGUGCUAUUGCUAUUGGGCAUCCCCUGGGUGCCACCGGUGCCAGACAACUGGCUACUUUGCUCCCCGAGUUGGAAAGACAAGGAGAGCAGGUUGGCGUUGUGAGCAUGUGCAUUGGUACAGGCAUGGGGAUGGCUUCCGUCUUUGUUCGGGAGUAA